AGCACCUAAACAAAAGCAAAAAAUUACUUUGCAUUAGAAUAAACGAAUAGUAAAAAUUGAGUGAAUAGUUUGGCAAAAUGGAAAGUGUUGACAAAAUUCCACUUUGCCCAGCAUCAAGCGAAACUAUGUCCUCAGUGGCAGGCGUCGGCACAAUGCUCAAUGAGCGUACGCCAACAUCCACACACACCACAAAGGCAGCGGCAACAAGUCCACAUACACCACCACCACCACCAACACCAGCAUUAUCGCCACUGGUGACUGCACAAACGCCAUUCCAGUCGCCGGUAGCAGCUACAACGCCCCUACAGCCACCGGUGCAAACUUUUGCAACGCCAUUACAUCGAAAGAAAGGGCGCCUACAGCGCUCCGAACGCUUGCAAACUGUGGACAAUAGUUCCACUAAUUGCAGCAGCGCCAGCGCCGGUGCCAGUGCCAGUGCCAGCAAUGCAACGACAACGCCUACUUCGUUUUCAGCCUGGGAGGCUUUGGUCAAGGAGAGUUUCGGACAAAUAGCGUGGCCAAUAAAAAUCACUUCAUGGGAAUUGGUCGAUGACCGGGUGAAAAUCGUGCCGAACAGCUCCUCGGCUACUGAGUUAAUAUCCAGACGCGGCGUUUUCUCACGUCAUCAUUACGGCUCGGUGGAUCAGCUACCGCAAUCCGAUUUAGAUGGAUUAGAUCCGAAUUUUAAACGUUUUCGUGUAGAAACCGGUGAUUCAUUGGCCGAAAAGGAUGAGGUCUUUGGCUCGCCCAGCACACCCAUAUUGGAGAAUCCUGAGCAUCAAACGCGCUGGUAUUUCAAAUACUUUUUGGGCAAAUUACAUCAAAACUAUGUCGGCAUGGAUGCAGAAAAAAAUCCUUACUUUCUUUCGGUUGUGUCACAAGAGUCCGGACAUCAGGGCGCACCAAUGUAUCGAGCAAUAUUAUUUCGAAAACAGGGCACACAGAAAAUUGCACUACCCUAUCAGGCCAAUCAAAAGCUGACGGUAAAACAAAUAUUGACACAUUUCACUGGCAUGGACGCAUCAGCUAAGAAUCCCAAAGAGAUAUUUACAGCCGAUAUACAAAAGGAUUUGCUUUUACUUGAGGAACAAGAGGGUUCAGUGAAUUUCAAAUUCGGUGUAGUGUACAUGAAGCCAGGACAAGAGUGUGACGACGAAAUGCUGAGCAAUCAAGACGCUAGUCGAGACUUUGAGGACUUCCUGCACAUACUGGGCGAACGGGUACGUCUAAAAGGCUGGGAUCGCUUCCGUGGUGGAUUAGAUGUGAAAGGCGAUAUGACUGGCAAAUAUUCGGUGUACACGCUGUACGAGGGCCACGAGAUAAUGUUCCAUGUGUCGACGCUGCUGCCAUACUCCCGGGACAAUCGACAACAGGUGGAACGCAAACGACAUAUCGGCAAUGAUAUUGUUAACAUUAUUUUCAUUGAUCAGCCAAGCGCGAACAAGGCCAACUCGAUUAGCGCGCAAAGGGAUGCGCUGGCAGUGCAAAGUGGGCUGGGUGGCAGCGAAUACAUACUGCCGACAGCAUUUGAUCCCACAUGGAUUAAGAGCCAAUUUACACAUAUUUUUGCGGUUGUCACGAAAAUCGACCAUGCCUACCGGUUGGCGGUGUUUUGCGAUGAGAAUGUGCCACCCUUCGGACCGACGCUUCCAAAUCCACCAGAAUUUACGGACAUUGCUAUGUUUCGGGAAUUUCUGCUUGUUAAAAUGAUCAACGCUGAGAAGGCAACUUUUCAAACGCCAAUAUUUUCACAAAAACGCGAGCGGACUUUGGAUAUGUUGAUAAAAGAUUUAUAUGAAGAUUAUGUGGGUGAUAGUAAGCUGAAUAUGCUAAAUAGACGCGCCUUCUCCGAAGUGCUGUACGAUGUGCCGCGCACAUCAAAAUUAAAAGAAGACGCGCGCCAAAUUGAGUUCGUGCGCAUUGGCCAGGCACUCAAAUUGGAGGCAAUAGUACGUGGCGAUGCGCCAACUAGCAUUGCAUCGGCCAGUCCCUGCACGAUAUUUCGCAAGCCACCGUGGGAGCCGCAUUGCUUCUAUCCAACUUUUCUACACCGCGGCACACUGGCAGGCGAUUCGUUCGGUUGCAACGACGACAGCUUAUUUAUUGCCACCGACGAUGGCACAUUUCUGAUGAAAGAGGAUCAAUCACAUCAACUUAUCUUCGAUAAGUCAUUUCAAGUACGCCAACUCAGCGUAGUGGAGGACCAUGGGCUUGUGCUGAUACGUGGCGGUUCGCUAACUAAUCGUGACGCACACCGCAUGCAUGUCUUUCGUUUGCGUGAAUUCCAACCAAAAUAUGCAGAGGAGUCGCUACGUUGUCGCAGUCGCGCCGAAGUGAAGGAGCGACGCAUCGAACGCACACGUGGCUGUCAUUUAUAUGCGAGUUCACGUAUUAGCGGUGGCCAUUUGCGUUUAGUGGUGGCAGUCAACCGUAAAUUACAACUAUUCCAAUGGAAGCACACAGCCGCCUGGGCGUCGUGGUGUCCGGAGAAUGACACAGAAACGGUGGAGGGUUUCAUCUUCCAAAAGGAAAUCACGCUGUGUGAGUCGCCAAGCAUAAUUACGCCGCUGGAGGGACCGACUAACACUAAUGCGGGUGGACUCAUUUGCGUUGGCUACAAAUAUCACUACGAAAUUGUGUGUGAUCAAACGGGCACGGCCACAAGACUCUAUGACUUGGAGACAGCAAAGAGGAAUCAGGCACAGCUGACGGCGGCCAUCGAACUCUGCGAUGGCUUGGAGACGGAACUACUUUUGUGCUACAAUCACACCUGCCACUUCCAAAAGCUGAGUGACCGUGAUGGCACGAAAAAUGACUUCGAUUUCCAUUGGAAUACUUCGCCCACGGCAGUUGUAUGCGCAUUCCCCUACAUACUCGGUUUCACUUCGGACUCAAUAGAAAUACGGCUACUGGUGAAUGGAAAUUUGGUGCACACGGCCAUGAUGCCAGAACUGCAGCUGAUCACCUCAAAACGCGACAUAUUCUUUGUUACCACAGCACCUGAAUUUAUGUCUAAGGAUCUACACAUUAAAGGUUUGCAAAUAAAUGAAUUCUCAGCGUCAGAACGCCGUUUGGUCAACACACCGAGUGAGGCCUCGUCUAACGAAGAACUCUCACAAGGUGAACUGCUAUGCUCAACUCCCAAAGAUGUGCUCAUCAACCCUGAACACGAACUUACCAAUUUGCUGGAGAUACCCAACGCAAGUAUUCCAUUGCCCCACAUACACCGUGCUCGCUCGCUGCAAAAGACACACAAUGUUUACGACGAAAAGCCGGUGAUUGCCAAGAGUAAUUCCUGCGGUGACACCGACAACCGAUUUAGCGGUUUGCGCAGCAACUCCAUCAUUGCAGAUCACCUGCAGCAGCAGCAAUGUGUGCCACCAAACUCACCCCGCCAUACCGCUAGCAAUGGCAGCAAUAACGCUACCAGUAGCAGCAGCAACAGCAACAGCAACAGCAGCAAAAGUAGUCAACAUUCGCCAAUGUCGCCCACACGGCGCACAUCGAAAUAUCGUAAUCUCUUUAAUAGUGUCGGAAGCGGUGGCGGGGGCGGAAAUUCGCCCAACAUCAUCACGGAUGGUGGUUGUUCCUGCUCGCCAGACCGUCUGAAACCGUUGCGCGUCUAUCGCAUUCCACUGGCCAAAUUGACUGGCGCCCACUCACACUUUCACAUGCAUGCAUUCAACGCCGCAAUGACAGCAGCGCCGCAUACAACACAGCACUUGAAUGCAUUUUCGUUGACGAAGCGCCAAAAGUCAAUGGAUGCGCAUUUGUCGUUGUCGAUGAGCAGCAGUCCCGGUGUUGUGUACCACGAAUGACAAAUGCGCGAAGUGAAGGCGAAUG